CCAUCACCUCCCGCUCCUACCCACCUCGCGGCCGAGUCGCUGUCACUCGCACCUUCUCUCCGCUCUGUCUGCUCGGCCCCUGCCCCUUCCACCUGCGCGUCCCUCGCCCCAGCAGGCGCCACCUCGCCUCUGCCUCUCCAUCUCUCAGCAGCCAUGAGUGCCUCGGCGCCGUCCGAGCGCACCUCGGCGCGCAAGAAGGCCGACGGCCCGCCCUCGGAGCCGAGCGAGACGCGCAGCCUCGUCUUCGAGUGGCCGCUCUUUGGCCUGCGCCAGAUGUUCGACGGCUCAAAGAGCGACACCAAGAGCAAGGUCGUCAAGAGCGUGCCCUUCGGCGGCGGCAGGUGGACGGUGCUGUUCUAUGCGCAGUCGGGACACGAACAGUUCUGCUCGCUGUACCUCAACGCCGAGCCACUGGCGCACGAGCGUGUGCGUCCGCUCAUCGCCGGUGUGCAGUCGCCCGCCAUGAACGAGGCGCGCGAGGCGAGCGGCAGCGGCGGCGGCAAGAGCAAGAGCGGCAGCGACGGCGACGACAAGUGGUCGCGCGAGGGCCUGUUCCGCUUUACGUUUGAGAUUCAGCCGCUGGACAAGUCGGGCGCGACGAAGCUCGGCACCAAGGAGGCGCACGACCAUGCCUUCUCGCACAAGACGAGCAACUGGGGCUGGGCCCAGUUCGCCAAGCGCGACACGGUCUACUAUAGCCAGCCGCAGGUGAAGCAGGCCGACGGCUUUCUCAUCUCCGUCACCAUCACGGCCAACGCCGAGCGGCCACGUCCGCGUGCGCCCGUGUAUCACACCGUGCCGCCCGUGCUCAUCUCGGCCAUGGGCUCGCUGCUUGAUGAUCCCGAGCACAGCGACGUCGUCUUCCACAUCGCCCAGCCGCGCGGCCGCAGUGGGCGCCGCACAGCGCCCAAGAAGAUCUACGCCAUCAAGAAGAUCCUGGCGUCGCGCAGCGAGUACUUCGCCGACAUGUUCAAUGGCGGCUUUGCGGAAGCCGAGCGUGCCGAGGACUCCGAGGAGGAGAUGGAGGAUGCCGGCCUGCUGCUGCGCUCUCGCUCGCCGCUCGACAAUGCGCCGGCGCAUCCGCAGGGCGCGCCGGAGUUUGGCAGAGGCGCUUCGAGUGCGCAGUAUGGCGAGCGUGCGGGCGAGGUGGAGGCGGACGACUACGAGCGUGGGCCCGAGGCGCUUCUGGAAGACUCGGACGAGGAGCUCGAUGACGAUGCAGACUGCUGGUCGCUCGCCACGCCGCCGCCGGCCUCUUCGAUGAUGGGCGGCGCCCCCGCGGCGCCGGCGUCGGGCGACGGCGGACACAAGUCGGGCGACAUGAGUGAGGAGGACGAGGAUGAUGAGGUCGACGACGAUCGUCCAGUCGAGGACGACGUGAUCCAGUUUGGCGCAGGCAAGAGCACGAGCGGCGGAGGCGAUGCGGGCAUCAGCAGCAACAUGCACUCGCCGCUCGGCGGUGCCGAUGGAGAGGUAGUCAGCAGUGACCAGGGCCGCAGUGCCAAUUGGCCUGCCGGCGGCACGGCAGAAGGCACAGCGUCGACGUCUGGCGGACGCACGCCGGCCAAGCAGCAGCGCCUCGCAUCGACGGCACUGCAAGUGACGGGCGAUCGCUCCAUGUCCGGCAACGUCACGCCCUCGCGCCCCGCCGUCGCUUCGUCGUCGGCACACGCCGAGGGCGUCACGCGUGCACUGCUGCAGAGCGGCAGCGCCAAGCGUGAUCGGCCGGAUGUCGCAACGACGCGCAAUCGCUCGGCCUCGGAUAGACGGAAGCGUCGCAAGGUGCGCGACGCUGCCUCUUCUCCCGUGCGUUUCCGACACGUGCAGGUCGUGCGCGACUCUUCCUACGCCACGUUCAAGGCUCUGCUCUUCUUCCUCUACACCAACGCCAUCGAGUUUGCGCCCCUCACAUCGUCCUUCCUGCCGCCCGACGUCUCGGAUGACGCCUCGAGCGACAACACGCCGGCGCUACUAGCUGGGCGCGAGGCGUCGAGCCGCGGCGGCUUUCUCGAGGAGAUCGUGCGCGCACACAAGAAGCGCCAGAUGGUCAUCGAUCAGUACUGCGCCGAACACCCUGACAAGCCGGCGCCGUGCUCGGCAAAGGCGAUGUACAAGCUGGCGGACAAGCUGCAGAUCGAAGACCUCAAGAAGCGCGCGCAGGAGCACAUUGCCAGCAGCCUGACCGUGCAGAACAUCGUCUGGGAGGCCUUCUCCGGCUUCAACGCACAGUACCCGGACAUCAUGCACAUGGAGAUCGACUUCCUGCUCAAGCACUGGGCCUCCGUCAAGAAGGCGACGGUGAUGCAGACGAUCUUCACGCGUCCCACUGCGCAUCCGGGUCUGGCAUAUGUCUGGCCGCUCGUGCUGCAGCACCUCUCCGUCAACGCAGACGAGGAGGCCGCGGCCGAGGACAGCCGCGCCGUCAUCACUCUCUGAGCAGUCUCUUUGCGCAUCCCUCCUGCGCCCUCACGACCCUUGUACAGUAUCUUACUCACGACGCCGCCAUGACACAUAUUCCCGCGUUC